AUAAAAUUAUAAUUUUGUGGCAAAUUAGAAGAAUGCUGGCGAAAAUGCUAUCACAGAAAGCUCUGCUUCUGCUGAGGCACUGCCAAGCGCUGGCGAGUUGGAGAGAUUUGAGCCAGUUAAGGGCUGCGCAAGCUCCCAAGGAUCAGCCAAAGGGAAAUGCAAAGCCAACAGCGUCAACGGCGGAAGAGAGCAAAAUACCCGAGGGGAUGCUGAGCAGCACGAAGUCGGUAUUCGGACCGCUUGGCGACUGUGAUCGGAUCUUUCAGAAUCUCUACGGGCGGCACGACUGGCGGCUGGAGGGCGCCCGCAAGCGCGGGGAUUGGCAUCGAACAGCAGAUCUGAUCAAUAUGGGCCCCGAGUGGAUCAUGGGCGAGGUGAAGCGAAGCGGGCUGCGCGGUCGCGGCGGCAGCGGCUACUAUGCGGGGCACAAGUGGGAGUACUUGCGGCAGGUGCAAGCCAAGGGCAAGGUGCUGAUCGUCAACUGUGCCGAGGGUGAGCCGGGCACGUGCAAGGAUCGCGAGAUCCUGCGCCACGAGCCCCACAAACUCAUCGAGGGCUGCCUGCUGGCCGGCUGUGCCAUGGGCUGCGAGCGGUGCAUUGUCUAUGUGCGGAACCGGUUCUACAACGAGGCCUGCAAUCUGCAGUUCGCCCUGGCCGAAGCCUACCGCUGUGGCCUGAUCGGCUGCAACUCCUGCGAAACGGGCGUCAAGUUGGACAUCACAGUGCAGCGAGGUGAUCGCUACCUAACCGGGGAGGAGACGGCGCUGGUGAAUUGUCUGAUGGGCAAGCUGGCGCGUCCACGCCGACGUCCGCCCUUCUUGCACGAGCAGGGCUACUUCGAUCAUCCCUGCGUGGUGGUCAACACCGAGACCUUGGCUGUCCUGCCCACCAUACUGCGAAGGGGCGCUGUCUGGUUCACCAGCUUGGGCAGUGAUAGGAACUUUGGCACCAAGCUCUUCUGCAUCAGCGGGCAUGUGGUCAAUCCCUGCACCGUGGAGGAGGAGAUGUCGAUGCCGCUGCGAAACAUCAUCGAGCGGCAUGCGGGCGGCGUCUGUGGCGGCUGGGACAACUUGUUGGCCGUGUGGCCGGGCGGGCUGUCCGCACCGCUGGUGGGCGCGGCCUGUGCCGGCCGCGUGCUCAUGGACUUUGACCACUUGGCGGCGGCUGGCAGCGAGCUGGGCACCGCUGCCAUCAUAGUCAUUAGCAAGGACUGCGAUCCGCUGCUGGUCAUGCAGCACAGCAUCGAGUUCUUCAUGGAGCAGACCUGCAAGCAGUGUACGCCCUGUCGAGACGGUGCCAUUUGGCUGCCGGAGCUCUUUAGCAGCUUUGUCAAGGGCGAGGCUGUGCCGCAGAUGAUCGAAUUCGUCGACAUCAUCCGCAAGAAAAUGGAAAACUCAACGAUUUGCGGUCUGUGCGACAGUCAAGCGAACCUGGCUGGCAGCUUGAUUCAGCACUUUAGGCCGCUCAUCGAGGCGCGCAUUCUUCAGUAUGCCAAUUGAUAGAGGAGCUUUGUCUGUUUGUCCAAUAAAUUGCUUUUCAAUUGCUUAUCGAUUGAGUGUGCCCA